UCAGGGUCAGAGAGGGGAGCGGGGCAUGGAAUCUUGUGGGGAACAUUCCCGGCCGGGAGGAGAGCUGACUGGGGGUGGAGGAGGAAGCACGAAGAAGGGAAAUUCCCAUCGUUCAGGCGACCGACCAUCCAUCCACGAACGAAGGCGAAUUAGUGGCAAAUAUGUCGCUGCCCUCGGCAUGGAGAUUUGAGCGAUUGCAUCGGCAGAGCCUAAAUCUUCGCUGAUGGAGCCGCAUCGAUGUUCUCGACGUCGACCUCCCUGGCCCACCAUUCGAAGGUCCGGCUUUUUUGGCCUGGCAGGGCCGCUGUGAGCUUUAUUAGGCAGCGUCGCCCAGCACCUUUCGUGUGCCCGGCUCUUGCUUGCUUGCCUCAGGCUUCGGGUUAGCGCGGGACGCUGUGCAUUUUCGGAAUAAGGACGAGCAGCUAGGGAUGGUGCUGCUGAGGUCUGGAUGAUUUCUUCCUUAGCUGCCGCGGGAGUUUAAAUCUGCCGAUUGAAAUUUACAUACGACAGCAAGAACUGUGCAACGAUGGAGAAAUUACUGUCCUUUUUGGUGCUCUGUAUCGUAUUGCACGCUGGAAAUGAUAAACAAGUGAAGAGUCAAUCCUUGGAUCCCAACAGUCCUUAUGCUGGUGUGGAGACCGAGUACACCCGACCUGAUGCAGAUCUUGAUAUGCAUUUAGAUGAGCCUAUUCUUGCUCCAAACCCACGCGGAGGUCCAGAGCAGGUUUUCUUGACUAUUGGAGACCGUACGGGAACAGCAAUUACGGUUAGCUGGUCCAGCAACAAAACCAUGGAGACUUUGGUGCUCUAUUCAAAAGAAUCUAAGAAAUACGAUCUGCUGGCGAAGGGAGAUGAGCCCAAGCGAUAUACAUACAUGGACUACACUUCUGGUCUCCUUCAUCAUGUAACCCUAUCCAAUCUGGAGUAUAAUACAAAGUACUACUACAAAAUUGGCAGCAGUAACGAAGAAUUCUUGACCUUUUAUGGUGACUUCACAACGCCACCCGCACCCGGACCAGACACAGCCAUUAAGUUUACUAUAGUAGGAGAUCUUGGCCAAACCUACUCAUCCAAUACCACGUUAGGUCAUAUGAUGGAGAGUGAAGGGCAAUAUCUUCUCAACAUGGGUGAUUUUUCUUAUGCCGAUGAUUACCAGCCCCGUUGGGACACAUGGGGUCGAAUGAUGACACCAUAUUCCAGCAAAGUUCCUUUUGUUUUCACCUACGGGAAUCAUGAGAUUGAGUACAAGGAGUCAGCGAAUGAGAGGGAACCAUUCGUAGCAGCUACUCAUCGCUUCGCAACCCCAUGGAAGAGCAGUCGCAGUCAAGGUCCCCUGUUCUACUCUGUCGAGAUUGGACCGGUUCAUAUAGUUGCACUCAACUCUUACGUCUCAUUGGCCAAAUACACCCCACAAUACAAGUGGUUAGAGGCUGACUUGUCUCGUGUCAACCGAGCUAUAACACCAUGGGUGGUCAUUAUCACCCAUGCACCGUGGUACAACACCUACAACGCACAUUAUCUGGAAGGGGAAGUGAUGCGCAAUGCGGUGGAAUAUUUCGCCCGAAAGUAUCACGUUGAUGCUAUUUAUUCCGGUCACGUCCAUUCUUAUGAGCGAUUUAAACGACUGUAUUUUUACGAAGAGGACAAUUGUGCACCAGUUUAUGUUACAAUUGGAGACGGAGGAAAUCGUGAGGGCCCUGCAACAGCGUUCAAAGUCACACCCCAGCCUUCAUACAGUGCUUUUCGUGAGCCCAGCUUUGGUCAUGGAACACUCGAAAUCUUCAACAAAACUACUGCAGUUUUCAAAUGGCACAGGAACCAGGAUGAAGAAGCGGUAACUGCUGAUGUGUUCUACUUGACCAACGUGCAUUCGAUUUCUAAGAACUGCCCCCAGCCGUCAGAACCCCUCCAGCCUCACUACUCACCUCAUCUUCUGAGUAAGAGAGAAAUAGGUGUUCACUGUGAUCAGCACGUAAGCUCUUUUUGAUGACGAUGAUCCUGUGGACGUCUUGAGUUCGUGUGUAUAAGAGUAGAGCUCGAUCAUCUGUCUGAAAUCAGGUCGACGUAGUUUGAUCUUAGGUUUUUGCUUAUAACAGCAGCUAGUUCAUUACUAUCAGGACCUAUGGAAUGUUCUCACUAUGAGGACUGAUCGGGGGCUCUUGCGAUAUUUCGUUGCGAUCAGUACCCAUGUAUAGCCCAGUUAAUGUACUACGUUUUUAUAAGUGAAUAUCACUUCACCAUCCCCAAGCUCACACUUCUGGUCCC